UCUUCCAAGUCCCCGGGCUUAGUUUGUGCUACUACCUUUUCUAACAUUACUUGGGAUUUCAAUUUGCAUGAAGAGACACUGUUCCAUUUUAAAGAGCCAUCCUCAGGUUGUGGCUGGUUGCAGGGUUUCUGGAACAGAAGAGCCGUGUCAUCCCCCCUUCCGUCCUCUCGUACCCCCCUUCCCCCUCCCUGUGUGUUCCCCUGUGUGUUGGUGACCCCGCAACCCCACCCGCUCCCGUUUGAACCCUUGUGUCGUGUCGCUACUCUGACCCAAAGCCGCCCUCUCACCCCAUGCUUGGGACAAAGCCAACCCACUGCCAGCCCAAUGACUGCCUGGAUCGUCCUGCCUGUCAGCCUGUCUGCCUUCUCCAUCACAGGAAUAUGGAUAGUAUAUGCCAUGGCUGUGAUGAAUCACCAUGUUUGUCCUGUGGAAAACUGGUCCUACAACGUAACGUGCACAGAGGAGCUGCUCCGCCCAGGCUUUCCCAAGACCUGUUGCACCAUCCAGGACAUCCCCCUAAUCAGUAAAUGUGGUUCUUUCCCUCCUGAAAGCUGCCUGUUCAGCCUCAUUGGCAAUGUUGGAGCCUUCAUGGUGGUGAUGGUGUGCCUUCUGCGCUACGCCCAGGUGAUAGAACACAGCCACGGGUGUUGGGUCAACACCAGCGCUCUGGUGUCAGGUUGCACCAACGCAGUGGGUCUGGUCAUGGUGGGCAACUUCCAGGUUGACCACGCCAAGUCUCUGCACUACGUGGGCGCCGGUGUGGCCUUCCCAGCAGGGCUUCUUUUUGUGUGCUUACAGUGUGUGCUCACCUACCGGGUGGCAGUCACCGCCCUGGACUACUGGAUGGCACACCUCCGCGUGGCUCUGGCACUCGCAGCCAUGGUCUCCCUCGUCCUUAGCGGCAUCUUCUUUGUGCACGAGAGCUUCACGCUGCAGCACGCCGCCGCCAUCUGUGAGUGGGUCUUCACCGUGGACAUCCUGGUCUUCUACGGCACCUUCACCUACGAGUUCGGCACGGUGACGGGAGAGACCAUGAUGGCGGGCCUGCAGCAGUGCCUCCGCCACGGCUCGGGGGUGAUCCUGGGCCCCAGGGCCCGGGACUCUGCGCUGAGCGGAGGCAGCGCCACCAAGGGCCUCAAGUCACCCGGCGGGAGCAGCACGUCUACACAUCUCAACUGCACCCCGGAGAGCAUAGCCAUGUUGUAGCCAACGUGUGAAGGGACAAACUCUACUACUCUUUUUACAACUAAUAGCAUUAUAUUUACCCUCGAGGUGUCCUGGUGUCCUCACCACUAUGAGGUGUCCUCACCACUAUGAGGUGUCCAGGUGUUCUCACCACUAUGAGGUGUCCUCACCACUAUGAGGUGUCCAGGUGUCCUCACUAUGAGGUGUCCAGGUGUCCUCACUAUGAGGUGUCCAGGUGUCCUCACCACUAUGAGGUGUCCUCACCACUACAAGUCAAGUACAUGCCAGCUGAGAACUGACACUGCAAUACCAACAUUUUAAAAACUAUAAGCUCUUUUCUACUAAUCGCUUUGCUCUGUUGGUUUUUCUAUGAGUUCUUACUAAGUUCUAGUAAAGACUGACUUGUCUAGUGAUGACUGGACUAGACUGACUUGUCUAGUGAUGACUGGACUAGACUGACUUGUCUAGUGAUGACUGGACUAGACUGACUUGUCUAGUGAUGACUGGACUAGACUGACUUGUCUAGUGAUGACUGGCCAACUACCUCUGCUAAGGAGGUCAUGUUCUCUAUUUUCAUGUUAGCACGAUGAUGCUAAACUAAGGUUCAAAAGCUGCCAGGUAUGUUAGAUCCACUAGGAUGCCUUGGUGGAGGUUUUCUUUUUCUACUCUUCAUCACCAAUCAUCGGAUCUGACCUUUGCAUGGCACUUUUUCAACAACACAAUAUUACCCUACUUUUCGGAUUAUAAGGCGCAUGUUUUUUUUUCAUACCGUAUUUUUUGGAGUAUAAGUCGCUCCGGCCGAAAAUGCAUAAUAAAGAAGGAAAAAAACAUACAUAAGUCGCACUGGAGUAAAAGUCGCAUAUUUUUGGGUAAAUGUAUUUGAUAAAAGCCAACAGCAAGAAUAGACAUUUGAAAGGCAAUUUAAAAUGUCUAAAGAAUAGUGAACAACAGGCUAAAUAAGUGUACGUUAUAUGAGGCAUAAAUAACCAACUGGUAUGUUAACCUCACAUAUUAUGGUAAGAGUCAUUCAAAUAACUAUAACAUAUAGAACAUGCUAUACGUUUACCAAACAAUCCACUUUAUUUAUAUAGCACAUUUACACAACAAGAAUGUUUCCAAAGUGCUGCACAGCCAUGUUAAAAACAAUAUUAUGCUACACCAAUGACUGAAUAAAAACAAAGAAUAAAUGAAUAGGAAACCAAUGCAGAGACAAUAUAAAAAAUAAAUAUGAUUAAAAACGAUUUUAAAGGGUAAAACCAAUUAAAAGAGUAAAAUAGACAUCAAAAUGUAUAACUCUAACCACACAGGACAGAACAAUCUGUCACUCCUAAUCGCUAAAUCUUAUACGUCUAGUCUCUUACGUGAAUGACAUCAAUAAUAUUAUUGGAUAUUUGACGCUAAUGUGUUCAUCAUUUCACACAUAAGUCGCUCCUGAGUAUAAGUCGCACCCCCGGCCAAACUAUGAAAAAAACUGCGACUUAUAGUCCGAAAAGUACGGUAGUUUGGCGACUUAUACUCCAGCGCGACUUAUAUAUGUUGUUUUCCUUCUUUAUUAUGCAUUUUCGGCCGGUGCGACUUAGAGUCCGAAAAAUACGGUAAUUUGUCACAGGUGCAGGAAUCUGAAUGUUGACUACAGGACUGCCUUUUUAUUUUUUUUACUCUUUCUAGAAUCGUGUUUGGUUGUCAUUUCUAUUCUUAGACCAUCCUAUUAUUAGGGUCUGCCCUGUAACCAGUACAAUUUGUACUG